AUGAACCGGUGCCCGUCGGAGUGGUACUUCCAGAAGUUCCUGGAGGAGGUCGUGCACGAUAGCCAACCCGUCCCCACAAUCGCCGCGAAGGAGGAGGAAGGGGAGCAUGAGCAGAGUACCGUCGACGUGCUCCUCGAGGUGUUGCCCAGCCGCCACGUGCAGGCGACAGAACUCCACGGCUCUUGGUGCUCGCGCUGGCACAACGGCGCUCCUGCUUCUCCUCCGCAGGGGCGCCGCCAUGGGGAAGACGCGCGCGCUUCUCCUCGCUCUCCGCCACGUGUGCCCUCACCCGGGCCACGUCGCCUAGGCCACCCUGCGCUCCCUCCCGUCCCCUCGUGCACUAAGGGCGGCGAGCCGGAGCUCGGCCUGGACAAGAAUGAGCCAUCGUCUCUCCGCCAGACGCCACCUGCUGAAAUGCUGGUUCGCAGGCGUUGUUGUCCUCUUUGUCAAUGGCACUGCUUGUUCCCAGAGCUCGGCCUGGACAAGACCGAGCCGCCGUCUCUCCGCCGGACGCCACCUGCUGAAAUGCUGGUUCGUAGGUGCUCGGGUCACCACCGGCCAUGGAUGCAGGAGUCCGGCUCGUGCCACCUUCCCCCAGCGGCUCCACGGCUAGGCCAUCGGCCGUUUGUGAAACAUGAGGUCAGGGUCGCCGCCGGCGUCGAACUUGAUUUUGGCCCCGAGCUUGACAUGGACGACGCCUACCAUGCGUUCGAUGAAAUGCCUACAUGGAAACUGUGUCAAUUUAUCGAUCACUCUUUCACCCCAAAUUUAUCGUCUGACCAAUCAACUCCAAUCUGCAAUGUGCUUGCACUCCUCCAGUGUGUCGCAUCGCACCCUGAUACUAGGAUGCCAUUCGUAAAUGGUGAAUUUUCAUAUUCAGAGCUGACACAAAGUGGUUAUGCAGAACUCGUAGAAAUUUUCAUCUUCUGA